GGUUAUACCAACUAUGUGAUACUAACUAUUCACAUGCACAAUUAGAAAUUCAACAAGCAAUAGCUGAUAUGGAAAUUGCAGCUUGUGUAAUUGUUCAUUCGACUGCUAUCGUUCAAGAAAGGACUAUACAAAUCUGGUGCAUUGCAAUACCUAUUAUUUUUCCCUUAUGGAGAAAUUGGUUGGCAUGUAUACUAGAAGAACAACAAAUACAAUUAUUUAAUGAAUAUUUAGUAGAUAUGUUUAGCAGAGCAGAAGAUGAACGAUUACAAUUUAUACAUAAAGAACAAUAUAGAUUUAGAAAAGGUGGAUUGGAAGAAGAUGAAUCAAUAGGUGACAAAGCAGAAUUACAUCCAAAUAAUAUAUAUUUACUAGCAUC